AUGCCUUCCUCGAAACCCGAUCUCGAGAUACCUGUUAUCAACUUGAGUGGCUAUCUUGAUGGCGAUCUCGAAGCAAAGAAAUCAUGUGCAGAAGAACUCCGUCAUGCCAUGGAAGACGUCGGCUUUCUCCAGGUGGUCGGCCAUUCUGUCAGUGCCGACCUUCAGAAACGCUUCAUCGAGAGCAUCGCGGCCUUUUUCGCACUUCCAUUGGCCGAGAAGCAGAAGAUCUCCGGUGAAUACUCGCCUUGCAACCGUGGAUAUGAGCGUAUAGGAGUCGAGCGCCUUGAAGAACUGGAGGAUAAUUCUCAGCUCGAAGUCAAAGAGGGCUUCACUGUGCGACAGGAGACGCUGCCUGGACGCUUCAUGACAGGGCCUAAUCAGUGGCCUGAUGCAAGCCUCCCUAAGAUGAGCAACUUCAGAGAGACUUAUAUGGAGUACUAUGCUGCUGUGCAUGAGUUGAGCUCAAGCAUGUUUCGACUUAUCGCAUUGAGCUUAGAUCUCGACGAGCACUACUUCGAUGCUUUUGCAGCGGAUCCGGAUGGGAUUCAGCUGUGCCGCUCACAUCACUACCCUCCCACGCCGAAGGGUGCGACUGAUCGCGGACGAGGGAUUGGAGCCCACACCGACUUUGGAGCACUAACGCUUCUCCUUCAAGACGAUAUUGGAGGACUAGAAGUUUUGCACAAGCCAACUGGAACGUGGCAUCAUGUAACACCGAUCGAAGGAGCAUAUGUCAUCAACAUAGGUGACUUGAUGCAACGGUGGACAAACGACAGAUAUCGCAGCACAAUGCACAGGGUCAUGUCCCCCACCUCCAACAAGCCUCGAUACUCGGUUGCAUUCUUCAAUGACGGUGCGUUGGACACGGUGAUUGAAGCUAUCCCUACCUGUGUUGCACCUGGAGAGUCCCCGAAAUAUGGCCCGCUGAAAGUCGAGGACCAUCUUAUUAGGCGAUAUAAGCAGAGCUAUUCCAUGGGAGGGGCUGAUAUCAAGACACCGCCUACCAAGAUAGAACAUACCACACUCGCCCAACCGAUUGCUGUCUAG